AUGUCGCACCAGUUAGGCCGUGCGGUUUCAGAAAUACUGCACAGAUAUUUUGGUGAAAUAGUGCAACAAGUCGGUAAAGACUUAUUUACAUAUGGCUCCAAACCAAUAAGUAUGAUUGUAAAAACAACGGGAUUGCCUAGACAACAGGUUAUAGAGAGUCUAAGGACACUACUGAAAUUUGAUCUAGCUACGUUUGAACCAUCAGUAAAUGAUUCAAUAGCAGAUUAUAAGUUGUUACCUGACAAUGUGCUAUUGCUCAUACGGUAUCCAAGAUACCUUCUUCAAAUAAAAAGCAAGUUUGGUAGUGAAGCGGAGUUAUUAGUAGAAGAGUUAUUGCAGCAGGCUAUCUGUACAGCCACUGUUCUUCUUGUAACUAUCGCCACGAAAUAUAAGGAUGGAAAGGAGUCAAAUAUCAAUGUAAUCCAGUUAAAAGAUACAUUUGUUAGCCUCGCUACUGCAGCAUAUAUACAACAGGCACCGGUUGCCGAGCUAAAGGAAGACUGCGAAGUGCCGACACUUGUGCCGGUCGCUACUAUUGUGCCAGAUCUCGACACCAGGGCACUGAUACAAGCUGUCAACACCGGCAACAUAGCUGAUAUUAAUGAUAAUGUGUACUGGAGAGUGAAUUAUGACAGGUUUCACCAAGACUUCAGAGAUGAUCUUAUGGUUAAAGCAAUUGCGCGGCGUAUAGAUGACAAUGCGGGCGAGUUGACCCGCGUGCUGCUACAACAGAUGUACCUCUCUAUGCCGGCGUGGGCGGCCGAGUCGGGCCCCGUGCCCGUCACCGAGCUGCGCGAGCGCUGCGCUGACAAACCGCUCAUAUCACAACAUAUCAACCACUACCUCAAGGUGAUUGAGGAGAGCGGGGCCGGCUUCAUACGCCGUUACGGGGAAGCUGGGGGCGGCCAAUAUUCAGUUAGAGUCCGUCACGCCGCUCAAGAACUAGUUCACGCCGCGUUAGACCACCUCGUGACGGAGCGGCUGGGCUCCCACGCCGCCCGGAUAUUCAGGUUAAUUCGUACGAAAAAAUACAUAGACGAGGAAGAUAUUCAGAAACACGCCAUGUUGCCCAAUAAGGAAUGCAAAGAGCUCACUUACAAGCUUCUAGAAGAACACUUUAUCAGUUUACAGCCGAUGAGGAAGGCGGCUUCUGCGGGUGCAAUGGCCAAGGCGAUUUAUCUGUAUCACAUAAAAUUGCACGACGUCGCUCAAUCAGCCACGGAGCUCUGCUACCGUUCGCUCCACAAUGUAGUCCGUCGAGCUCACCACGAGAGGGCGCUGCAUUCCCGCCUGCUGGACAAGCAGCGCCGCGUGCGCAGCAUAGUGCACCAGAUGCGGCUGCGAGGCGAGCCCGCGCAGAACAUUGUAGACGUAGAAGAAACCUUGACCCCACCAGAGCUAGCGGUUCUUCAGAGCAUCGAGAAACGACUCAAACAGCUGAACACUGCAGAACUGGAGUUGGACAAAACAUUAUUCAUACUGAAAUGGUACUUUAUGUAUCCCCAGUGA